CGACCACCAACGUCGCGCGCUCUCAUCUCGUUGAUCUCGUCCUAUCCACCGAAACCGACAGCUGGCCGCCGCAUCAUGGAUCCCACGAAGAAGCAAACCGUCGCGGUCUUCAAGCACCUCAAGGCGCAGAACGCCAACAAGACCUGCUUUGACUGCCUCGCGAAGAACCCAACAUGGACAUCCGUCACCUUUGGCAUCUACCUCUGCCUCGACUGCUCCAGUGUGCACCGUAACCUCGGCGUGCACAUCUCGUUUGUUCGCUCGACCAACCUCGACUCGUGGCAGCUGAACCAGCUCCGUACGCUAAAGGUUGGCGGCAACCAGUCUCUCGCCGACUUCUUCACCAAGCACGGCGGCUCCAACCUCCUUCCUCCUGGCAACAGCGACGCGCGUACGCGGUACACGUCUCGUCCCGCAUCGUUGUACAAGGAGGAACUGGCGCGCCGCGUUGCCGAGGAUGCGAGGCAGCACCCUGAUGGCAUCCACAUCGACGGACUGGACCUGACACCCAUGCAGACGGCGACGUCGACGCCUGCCAAUGAGUCGAACGACGACUUCUUUGACAACUGGGACAAGGCGGCACCGACGCCCUCGCCGCGGCCUAGCAAGCCCGCUUCUCCCGCCCCUCCGCCCUCUAUCGGCCGUACCCCUUCGCCUGCGACCACCUCUGCAUCGGCAUCGACUGGCCCACGCACUGUCAGCUCGGCUUCGUUGCGGGCAAACCCGUCGCGUACCGUCAGCGCUAACCGCACCGGAGCCAAGGCAAUGAAGCUCGGCGGGUCCAAGCUCGGAGCGUCCAAGCUGGGAGCUAAGAAGGCGGGCACGAUCAACUUUGAGGAGGCAGAGCGCAAGGCGCGUGAAGAGGAAGAGCGCAUCAAGCGGCUGGGGUACGACAAGAAGAAGGAGGAGGAGGAGGCCGCGGCGCUCAAGGCGCGCGAGGAGGAGGAGAGGCGUAAAAACCUGUCUGCAGGUAUCAACUCUUCGCGUUCUGCGACGCCACUCAGCUCGGCCCGUAUGGCAAAGGACGAGAAGCCUGCUCCCGUCAAGCUCGGUUUCGGACAAGUUGCGUCGACGGCGGCGCCUGCCAAGACGGCAAGCACGUCGCGUGCGGUGUUUGAGGAGGAGGACACAAACCACACUGCGCGCGACCGCUUCGGGACGCAAAAGGCGAUUUCAAGCGACAUGUACUUUGGGCGCGGGACGUAUGACCCGGCGGCGUCGAGCGAGGCGCAGACGCGCCUGCAGCAGUUCCAGGGCGCGACGGCCAUCUCGUCCAACGCCUACUUUGGCCGGCCCGAGGAGGACGAUGACGACGAGUACCACGGCGGCGGCGGCGGCGGCGGCGGCGACGGCAUGCUGGGCCUCGAGGGCAACGAGACGCUGCAGGCCGUAGAGCGCAACGUGCGCGACAUGGCGAGCCGCGUGAUGGCCGACCCGAAUGUGCAGCAGCUGGGCGACCAGAUCCGCGCGGGGGCUUUGCGGCUCUCGGAUUUCCUGGGUUCCCUCGAGUCGCGGUAAUGCGGCUGUAGUUGUCGGCUUGGCCAUUAGAAUAGUAGGAUGGAUGCAUGUGUUUGGUACGGG